AUGAGAUGGGUCGAGAAUAACGGUCCAUGGAAUUUUGAGAACAAUCUAUUGCUUCUCAAAAGAUGGGAAAAGGGGAUGACAGCACAUAACAUCUCCUUCACCCAUUCUCCAUUUUGGCUACAAAUUUGGGGCUUGCCGUUUGAUAUGAUGUCGGAGAAAAUUGGAAGGGACAUUGGCAAUAGCAUCGGUAAUUUUGUGACUGCGGAUUCGAAGUCAUGGUCUUCAGAUCAAGCGAAAUUCAUGAGAAUUCGUGUGAACAUCCCGUUGGAUAGACCACUAAGGCGGUGCGGAGUUGUGGCUAGCCCGGAAGGGGAGAAAUUUCAAGUCUAUUUCCGCUAUGAGAGACUCCCUGUCUUUUGUUUUCUUUGUGGAGUAAUGGGGCAUGAUGUUCGGCAUUGUCCAUGCCUGGAAAGACAAACAGAAGAACUUCCCCAAUAUGGUGAUUGGUUGAGAGCUCAGGGGGGAAGUAAGAUUGGUAGUCAAAGGAAGGAUCAAGCAAAGACAACGGCGAUGGGACAAAAUGCACCACCGGAGAUAGCAGGAAAGGGAGAUCAGGAUGCAGAGAGGAGGAGUCUGGAAAUGAGCGGGAAUCCCGAAAAGCAAAAGGUUAGUAGAAACUCUACUAGUAUGUCAGAUACUGAUAGUGACUUGUCAAAAUCUUUAUUUCAAAUUCAAAUUCAAAAUUCUCAAACUAGAGAGGUAGAAACGGAGAGGGUGGGCCUAGAAAAAGCAAAAGCAAGUAAAGUAAUGUCUGGGCCGAAGGGAAGUAUAGACCUGAGCAGUAAUAUCUGGGAACCAUCAUUGGGCCAGGAGCACUCGAUAAGUGCAGAAAAUGAGGAAGUAACCAGCCCAAUAAAAACCCAAAAAGAUCCAGUUGGAGAACAGAGUGAUAAUAAUGAAAUAGAGAAAGCCCAAAAUAGAAAAGGAAGGUGGAAGAAGUUAGCCCGUGGUCAACAAACAAGUAAGGGAAUAGUAAUGGAGUUCAAUGAUAAUACAGUGGGGAUAAAGCGUAGUCUCUGGGCAGAGGAAGAAGAUGAGGAAGGCAGGAAAAAGAAGGCACGUACAGGUGAUUCAGUCUCUCUUAAUUUAACGGCGGUGGCUGCUAGGCAGCACCGCCGAGAGCCAUGA